AUGACCAAUCCCGAACAAAUUAAACAAAAGUUAGGUGAAACUACCCAGCAACUAGAAAAUUAUUUAGAACCUUGGCAAAGAGGUGCUUUAAUUUUAGCUUUACUCUAUGCUCUAUUUAUUGCCAUCUAUUUACUCACUAAAAAAGAAACUCCGGAACCGAGAGAACUAACUGAUAGCGAAAGAAAAAAAAUAGAAAAUUUAGCCGAAGAAAGAAUUUUAAAAAGAGCGGACCCAGAAAGCGAAAAAGAUAAACAACAACAGCAAAUAUUACUGAUUUUGUUAAUUAUUGGAAUAGGUUAUUAUUUUUUUGUUUAUCUAAAUAAUAAAAGAGAAGUAGCCAAAGCUGAAAUAAAUAAAUUAUUUCGGACUAAUCCCACUAUUACUGUGACUGAUUUAGAUGCUAAUAAAAGUGUUAAAGAAGAAGCAAAACCGAAAAAGGCUAGAAAAGAAGCAAUUAAAGGAAUGGAGGAGUUUGCUGAAAACAAAGAGAAAGUAAAAGCAAAUCCUAUCCGAGGUGAGUUAGAUAUCAAAAACAAUGAACUAGACAAUAAUGCCCUUUUCUAUGGAGCACCGCGAACUGGAAAAUCAGUGAUGGCAGAGAAAUUAGCCUAUGAAGCUGAUAAAUAUCCAUUAGUAGUAAUUCAGGGUUCAACAUUAACUCCUAAAAAAACUGAUGCGGAUAUUGGUGCUACUUUACUGCUAAAAUUCAUUUUUACCAUCUCUGAUAUAACUCAUAAGUUAGUAGACGACUUUGGUUUCGAAAGGGAAGCGGAUGGCGAAGUACGUUAUAUUCUGUUUAUUGACGAAGCCGACCAAAUUUGCACUACGCAAUCUUUACCUCCCAAAGAUGCUUCUUCUCAACUAACUUUCCUCAAAGAGUGCAUGGGUAGUGAUGAUAAGGAAGAAGAAAGCAAGAAUCUUUGA